AUGAAAUUUAUUGAUGUAUUUAUUGGAUAUCCUGGAUCUGUGCAUGAUGCCAGAGUAUUCAAAAAUUCAUCAUUACGUAAUGACCUCCAUGAACUUUGCGGUAAUAAUUAUUAUUUGUUAGGAGAUAGUGCAUAUCCUUGUUUGACACACUUAAUGGUACCUUAUAGAGAUAAUGGUCAUUUAACACGGGCACAACGAAAUUUUAAUAGAAAAUUAAGUUCUUGCCGUGUUAUAAUAGAAAAUGCAUUUGGAUGCCUCAAACAGCGAUUUCGACAAUUGUAUCACCUAAAAUUAAGAGAUAUUGUCAGAAUGGUACGUGUGAUACAUGCAUGUUGUGUACUUCACAACAUGGCGAAUGUGGAAGAUAUGGAAUUUUUUGAACCACCUAUAAAUAAUGAAUAUCCUGACAUGGCAGCGCUGGGUCAUGUUCAAGAAAUGGAUAUACAAAGGGAACAUGAUAAUGGAAUACAUAUUCGUGAUGAAUUAUGUCACAGAAUAUCUGGUGAAUAG